GGCUGCCUGUUGAGUCAGCCUUCUUCCCUCACGGCUCUUCUCCCAGUCCCUGAAACUCGGCUGCCAGGGGAGCUGGAGCCACCUGCGAAGGUGUCCUCCCAUACUGGACCCCUACAGGAAGCUCCGUGUGCCCAGCUGGGGCACAGCCCCAGCUGAUGCCCCAGGGGGGCCACCCAUCGCAAGAGGGGCUUUGGGCUCUGCCCUCCCUCCCCAUGGCGCAUGGGCCAAAGCCUGAGACUGAAGGACUGUUGGACCUCAGCUUCCUGACAGAGGAGGAGCAGGAGGCCAUUGCUGGCGUCCUCCAACGAGAUGCCCACCUGCGCCAGCUGGAGGAGGGGCGGGUCAGCAAGCUCCGGGCCUCACUGGCAGACCCUGGGCAGCUGAAGAUCCUGACAGGGGACUGGUUCCAGGAAGCACGCUCCCAGCGGCACCACAAUGCCCACUUCGGCUCUGACCUUGUCCGAGCGUCUAUGCGCAGGAAGAAGAGCACCAGGGGAGACCAGGCUCCAGGCCACGACAGGGAGGCUGAGGCUGCUGUGAAAGAGAAGGAAGAGGGGCCAGAGCCCAGGCUCACCAUUGAUGAGGCCCCUCAGGAGAGGCUCAGGGAGACUGAGGGACCUGAUUUCCCAUCGCCUUCUGUCCCCCUAAAGGCUUCAGAUCCUGAGGAGGCGUCCCAGGCCCAGGAAGAUCCUGGCCAAGGAGACCAACAGGUCUGUGCCCAGGAGGCUGACCCGGAGCUGGAGCCCGCGUCGGGAGGAGAGCAGGAGCCGCGGCCCCAGCAAGCCCAGGUAGGCGGGAGUGGCCCGUGGCUGCUCUCAACAUCCGGAGCGGACUCCGGGCGGGGAGCGCUCCUGCCCAGGGCUGCGAGCCGCCCGCGACCCAGGGCGCUCGGGGCAGGGGCGGGGAAAGAAGGGGCGCCCCGUCACUUGCCCCCUCUGCAGACCAAGGCCGCGUCCCAGAUCCUGGAGAAUGGGGAGGAGGCCCCGGGGCCCGACCCCUCUCUCGACCGCAUGCUCAGCAGCAGCUCCUCGGUGUCCAGCCUUAACUCCUCCACGCUGAGCGGCAGCCAGAUGAGCCUGUCAGGCGACGCGGAGGCGGUGCAGGUCCGCGGCUCCGUGCACUUCGCGCUGCACUACGAGCCGGGCGCCGCCGAGCUGCGCGUGCACGUGAUCCAGUGCCAGGGCCUGGCCGCCGCCCGGCGCCGCCGCUCGGACCCCUACGUCAAAAGCUACCUCCUCCCGGAUAAGCAGAGCAAGCGCAAGACGGCGGUGAAGAAACGGAAUCUGAAUCCGGUUUUCAACGAGACUCUCCGGUACUCCGUCCCGCAGGCCGAGCUUCAGGGCCGCGUGCUGAGCCUGUCUGUGUGGCACCGCGAAAGCCUGGGUCGCAACAUCUUUCUGGGCGAAGUUGAAGUGCCCCUGGACACGUGGGACUGGGGCUCUGAGCCCACCUGGCUCCCCCUGCAGCCCCGGGUCCCACCCUCUCCCGACGACCUUCCGAGCCGCGGGUUACUCGCCCUGUCCCUCAAGUACGUCCCCGCCGGCUCCGAGGGCGCAGGACUGCCCCCGAGCGGGGAGCUGCACUUCUGGGUGAAGGAGGCUCGGGACCUCCUGCCGCUGCGGGCAGGAUCCCUGGACACUUACGUACAAUGCUUCGUGCUGCCUGAUGACAGCCGGGCCAGCCGCCAGCGUACAAGGGUUGUGCGACGCAGCCUCAGCCCUGUGUUCAAUCACACCAUGGUGUACGAUGGCUUUGGGCCUGCUGACCUGCGCCAGGCUUGUGCCGAGCUCUCCCUCUGGGACCAUGGGGCCCUGGCCAACCGCCAGCUGGGGGGCACACGCCUCAGCCUGGGCACCGGCAGCAGCUAUGGGCUGCAGGUGCCCUGGAUGGAUUCCACACCUGAGGAGAAGCAGCUAUGGCAAGCCCUCCUGGAGCAGCCGUGCGAGUGGGUGGAUGGCCUUCUACCCCUCAGAACCAACCUGGCCCCCAGGACGUAGCCCCACCAAGCCUCUCUCUCUGGACCCCCAUCUCAGGGCCUGCCCUUGGCUAAAGUCAAUAAAGUCUAUUCUAAGAGCAAUAAAAGGCUGGUGUCUGC